UUAACCAGUUAAAACUGGGAAGCAAUUUCAGUUUGUGGGCUGACUCUAGCAUGAAACUAUUAUAUACUCUGGGUCACGUGGCAUAACAUUUCAUCCAAGCAAGUCUAUUAAUUCUGGCAGCAGUCAGAGAAAGUUUCAGAGCUUCUGGAAUCCGGCAGAUGUACUGUUUCCUUAGGGCUUUGGGAAGCACGGCAUUAUUUGCAGGCUCACGAUCCAGUUUUCUUCCAAAAGCUUUGAUGUUUGCAAUGGAUCAUCCUAACACAACACAAUCCCUGCCGGCUGCGGAGAGCUCUGACUCUCUUGCUUCCCCGUCUAAGAAGAAUGGAGGUAGUGGCAAUGAAUACUUUUAUAUCCUGAUUGUCAUGACCUUCUAUGGAAUCUUUCUAAUGGGAAUCAUGCUAGGCUAUAUGAACUCCAAGAGGAAAGAAAAGAAAUCUAAUUUGCUGCUGCUUUAUAAAGACGAGCAGAGGAAAUGGGGACAAGCUGUUAAGUCUUUGCCAACAGUCUCAGGACUGAGGUCUGUCCAGUUUCCAAUGAUGAUCAGUAUGCUGCAAGACAGCAUGGUACCGGCUUUUUCCUGUACCUUGUGUUCCUUGGAGGGAAACAGUGAAUCUUCCUUGCCAGAUGUUCACCUCACUAUUGAAGAAGAAAUGGCUGCUGAUGAAACAGGAGAAUCGACUGAAGCAGCCCUUCUCAAGGACAGUAGCGAAGGCUCUUCAGAAAGCAUCCAUCAACAUUCCUAGCAUUUCCAGGCUCUGAAGACUCAACAUCUUUUGAAAAAUUAUAAUCAGUUUUGCUUCUGGCAUUGAUCUAUUCAUCAUCAGGAUCGGUCAUUAUUUUGUCGGAAGAUGGAAAGAAAAGUAAUAAGCCCAAAUAUAAUAUGUAACAGAAUGGCUUGGUUACUAAAGACGGAGAAGGAUUUUUUUUCUUUGAAGGAAAUAUUCUGGCUUUCCUUCAGCUUAUUUCUGAAUGUACAAAUGUGAAAGUAGUGGUGAUAUAUAUGUGACUGUUUUAUGAAUAACUAGUGAUUUGAUAACUAAUGCCACAAAUAUUUUACCCUAUUAAAUGUCUCAAUGAGACAUUCCUAGUCUCAAAAUGACUAAACAGCAAUAAUACAGAGCAAAAAUUAAUCUUUGCUCACUCAGUGACUAAGCGGCAGUCCACUUGAACGAUUUCCUAACUUUCAGAUAUGUAUAAUUGUGUAGAAUAAAUAAAUUUAUACAGAUAUCUGAGCAGCAACUGGGAAGGGGGCAUGACAAUGAAAUGGCUUGAAACAACAGCACUUGUAACUCCAAGUAUAUAACAACAAACAAUUACCGCUAUUUUUGUUGUUAUUGUUUAUCCCAAAUAGAACAGCUGUGGAAGUAAAUCCUACAUUAAUGUUAAUUUCUAGAUCAGAAAGCAUUGUAUAAAACUGAUGAUUUAGUUCUAUUAAUCAGCUCAACAUCCUGGUCAUUCUGAAUGAAUCAUGAAUCACAAAAAGACCAGGGGCUAUAAUGCCCAAUUAAGAUAUAACUGGACCAAAAACAGGCCCAGUAUGGCCACUUGGAUGUUCUUGGUCUGUAGCUAUCAUUAUUGCAGCGCUUCAUUAAUUCAUAAUGAGUAUAAAACAUUGAUCUUAAACAUGGUGAGUUUCUGGUUCUGGAUUUCUGGUUUAAAUAAUAUAUUCAUUUUAGAAAGUAUUCAAACCAUAGCUCAGGAAUUUUUAAAUGAUAAUUGUUACAGCAUUUUACAAAAACAUUAGUUAAAACAUUACAUGGGUUUUAAAAAGUUAUACAUGUAACAGUGAUCCCAAAAUGCAUUACUUCCAUCAUGCAUUGCAUUGGACAUCAACAUUGGGCUUAUAAGUAUGAGAACAGAAACACCGCCAAAACUCUGAGUUUUCCAAGUUAAAUAAUGCAGAAAGAUAUGUAUUGCCAUGGGAUACAGUCUGUGAAAACAGAAAGGGAAUAGGCACAAAUGAGGUAAAAGUCCUACUUUCCACUUCUAUUUUAAGGCUUUAGUUCUAAUUCUAAUUUCAGUUCCAACAGAGCUAAACAACUUUAUUGAUCAAAAAAUAUUGUCAUUUUGUCUGUCUGAUGUCAACAAGAUCAUUAUGUUAUAGGAACCUUGUUUGUUUGUAUGCUCAUUGAUGAGUGGCUACAAAUCUCAUUAAAUGCAAUAGAUGUAUUGCUAUUAUCUUUGCUGAUCGUCUUAUGAGAACAAUCUUGGGGUUUCUAUAUUACAAGAAGGACUGUUUUCAAUAUUGUUAUAUGCC